AUGUGGUGGACACUGCGCCUCUUGCAGCAGGGAACUGGCGCGGCCUCAUUGUCGUCUCUCACCGAGUCAUGUGUCACACGGCAGUUAACCACAAAAAACAUACGAAGACCAAAGAAGGUGCAGCGGCAAAUGUGGAUGGACCGGAUGAAGAAGCGUCGACGAGAACGCGCAAUGAUGAUUGCCGCACAGGAGGAAGCUCAAAAGGCCUCAAUGAGCAGCCCCACUUUGAACGGCCGCGACCUUAUUAUGGCGCAACUUGCCAAUGAAAUAUUUAGCCGAGGACACAAGCAUGUCUGCUGUGCGACAAACAUUUCGUUUGUGCCGGAUGGCAAUCCUGCCAUGCCUGAGGUUGCCCUCGCAGGGCGUGGAAAUGUUGGCAAGACGUCGUUGCUGCGGUCCCUCUUCCGUGCGUCACGCGAGGUUGGGCGCUCCAACGUUAAGUUGCGUCGUGACGCAAUGAACUUUUUUAACGUCGGGGGCGGUGUGUUCAACGUGGUGGAUCUGCCAGGGUUUGGCGGCACCUCUGUCCCGUGGUCGACCGUCCUGCAGCAUGCCGUGCUGCUUCGAAACUUUGUUCAGUACCGCCCAAGUUUAAAGAUGUUGUACUACUGCAUGGAUGUGCAUUAUAAGCACGGUGUUUACAUCCAAGACAUUGAUGUUUUACGGUUUCUUUCAAAAGAGGUGCCGAACUUCACAAUAGUGCUGACAAAAGGCGACCAGCUCGAUACGACGGCAUCGAAGGACGUGUUCCGCCUCGAGGAUGUUCGGAAGGAGCUACUCUUCCACGACAUCACACAUCCCGUACUUGUCACCAGCGCAUACCACAUGGGUGGCAUUGAUGCACUGCGCUUUGACAUGGUAAUGAACUGCAUGCACACCGUCCCAACCGAACGUCUCACGCUGACAGAGGCGAAAAGGCUUUCUGAACGGCUGCUGUCACAACGUGAACUUGGCACAGUACGCCAGUUGGAUCUGCCGCCCACACAGCUUCAGGAAGAGCUGAUGGCGUGGGAGGUAGAGCUACGACAGGAACGUGAUGCGGAAGAAGAAGAAGAAGAAGGCAGCAAUAAUGGUGGUAGUGGUGAUGCGGUAGAAACGACAGGAAACAAUGCUGUUCCGGCAGGCAACUUGGGAGAUUCACAACUCCCUGUGUCGUCCAACAGUAAUCAUGGCCACAACGACAAGAACAGUGCAGGUAGCGAGCGGGCCUCCGCGGCAAUGGUGAGGGUGCCUUCCUCAGUGAGUUUCAAUGCGGUGUUGGAUCCUGAUCGAGACGUCGCCUUUGGCUCUCUCCGCAAGAAGGUGACAAACACUGCCAUGAUGAAGUACGUAAGACAGACCAGUCCGUGGCGCAAUCCGCUUGUGUGGCCAGCGAACGUGAUACCGACGAAGCAUCCAAAGUCGAACAUCAUGCGAUGCCCCGAGGACCCACACAAUCCAUACCUUACACAGGCUCAUUUUGUUUGCCCCCGAGCGGACAUGUUCUUUCGUCGCCCCAACGUGGGCGUGCGCCGGGCGUCGAACAAAGGUAGGUAUGAAUCCGACCGGCCGCUUGCCUUCAUUAUGAAGCCGUACACUAUGCCAUAUUUUCCGGAUAUUGUGGACGUAAAUAUGCACCCACUUCCCUGGACUUUCCUCGGCAGCCGUGAGGCCUACUACGAGAUGAGUGGUGGUCGACAACUGGGGGUGCGCUUAAGGCACUACGCCACAGCUGGGGAAGUUCGACCCCUGGCGGAAAAUCCAGCUCCCACAGAGCCGGAGCUUACGAAGGAGCUGCAGGCGCUUGAACGGGCUCGCUAUGGAGCCCCUAUUGCAAUGCUGCGACCUCCUGAGAAGGCACAUAAGGAGGACUUUAGCGCCCCUCUUGUCCUUGAUGCUGACGCGAAGGAUCACGAGAGAGUGGAUGGAUGA